GGGCAAAAUAACCAGGGUCCCGGAGUGUGUUAAACUUUUGUGUGAUUUACUUCCUGUUUCGCUUUGUGGUAAGCUUCUGUAAUUGUCUUGUAGGAGUUAAACCAUGAAAAUGAUGGCCAGUCGUAAGUCACUGUGGGUGCUGCUGUUUAUAGUGAUCUUCUGGAUCUCUUUUACCGUUUUCAGAAACCCCAUGAAGCUAUGGGCUGUGUUUAAGCUGCCUGCAUCCUUCAAUCAAUGGAACUUGAUCAUGAAAUCCUCAUGCCCUAAAGUGCCUCUCAAUCCAUCAGUUUCACCAACAGAGACAGAGCUGAGAAUCAGGGAGAUCCUAGAGAAACUAAACAAACAGAUCCCUCCCAGACCCUUCGCCCACCUCAACAACACCACAAGUGCCACACACAGCACAGCCACCAUCCUCAACCCUCAGGAUACAUACUGUGUAGGGGACCAGCUGGACGUCCUGGUAGAGGCUAGAGACCACCUAAGAAACAGGAAAGGGUAUGGUGGGGACUUCCUGAGGGCCAGGAUGUCCUCUCCAGCCCUGAAGGCAGGCGCUUCCGGAAAAGUGACAGACUUCAACAAUGGCACCUACCUUGUCAGCUUCACUCUGUUCUGGGAGGGCCAGGUCUCCCUGUCUAUCCUGCUCAUGCACCCCAGUGAAGGGGUGUCAGCUCUCUGGAGAGCAAGGAACCAGGGUUACGACAGAAUCAUCUUCUCAGGCCAUUUUGUCAGUGGCGCUUCUCAGGUCCACACCGAUUGUGCCCUGGUUCUAAAUUCAAGUGUCGAACUAUGUCAGUAUCUGGAUGCACAGGACCAAGAAGCUUUCUACUGUGUGAAGCCUCCAAAUGUGCCCAAAGCGGCCAUCACCCAAAUGCUCAAGAACAAGGACAUUUCUUAUCUUAGCCAGCAGGAAAGGAGCCUCUUUGAAAGGUCAAAUAUAGCUGUGGAGAUUAUGGGAAAAUCCAACGUGAUUAGUGUCUCCAAAUGCAACAGUAAGUGGUUCUGUGAUGCCGUUCCAGUGAAGAAGAAAUGCAAGUUUGGGAUGGCAUCUGCAAUCCCUACUGGGCAUGUCUGGAAAAACACAUGGAAUCCGGCCUCCUGCAGUCUGGCUCCAAUCAAAAUGAAAGACUGCCUGAGAGGAAAACUCGUCCAUCUAAUGGGUGAUUCCACAAUGCGCCAGUGGAUGGAGUACUUCAAAAGCAAAAUCAACACGCUGAGGUCGGUGGACCUGCACGAGACUGGAAGACUGCAGCACCAACUUGCCGUGGACUUGGAUGAGAAAAUCAACAUCCAGUGGCAGAAACAUGGUUUCCCUCUUAUCGGGUCAUUGGUGUACUCUGUCAAAGAAAUAGAGAACACUGCACGGAUAAUUGACAGAAUCGGAGGAGAGAAAAACACAGUCAUUGUCUUUUCUCUGGGCCAGCAUUUCAGACCUUUUCCCAUUGAUGUUUUUAUCCGAAGGGCCCUCAGUGUUCACAGAGCUCUUCAGCGUCUUCUCCUGAGAAGCCCGGACACCCUGGUGGUCCUCAAAACAGAAAACACCAGGGAGUUGAAUAACGACAUGGAGAGGUUUAGUGACUUCCAUGGUUACACCCAGUAUCUUGCCUUAAAGAAUAUCUUCCAGGAUCUCCGUGUGGGUGUCAUUGAUGCCUGGGAUAUGACAAUUGCAUAUGGCACAAACGAUGUCCAUCCACCAGAGGAGGUAGUUAGAAGUGAAAUUAAUAUAUUCUUAAACUAUAUUUGCUAGCAAACACAUAACUUUGAAAGUCGCUCAUUGAACUUAAAAGAGACAGUGAGUCCUACAGCCGUGCCAAGUGCCGAGAUAUCCCAGUUAAUCCAAGGACAUAAUCUGUAUUAUGGUCCAUGUGGUCCAUCCAGUUCAGUGUAAUAAGGCAUUCCUAUGCCGACCUUCUGCUCAAAAUUGAAUAUGAAAAGAAUCAAUGAAAGGUCCAAUUUUUUAUUAGAGCCGCAUUGCUCUGUGUCCGUUGGAAGUUAGGAUUCCUGGGGGGAAAACCUUCUCCUUGUUGCUGUGGAUUCAGAACAAUGAAGUAAUUUUGAUAAAAUUCUUAAAGGGCCUUUGACUCAAUUUGUAAACAUCUUGUUGAUAAUUUUUAUAUCCAUGUUUAUGGGGAAAAUUGAUCUGUACCUUUUCUUUCUUGGUCAUGUCUCAGAGUUUGGCAUCAGGCCAAUGCAGACUUCGAAAAAACUGACUUGGGUAGUGUUCCUCCUGGUUGUGAUUUGUGGAAGGUUGUGAGAAGUUGUUUUGAUUAGAUUUUCUUUAAAAGUUCCAUGGUACUCAACACUUAAUCUGUCCAGGUCUGGGCUUCCUUUUGGAGAGAGACUUUUAAUAACUCGCUUCGAUCUUGUUGCUUGUUACAGAUCUGUUUAAAUUGUUUCUAUUUUCUAGAUUUAACUUUGAUAGGCCAAAUACAUUUAGAAAUUUAUCUUUCUUCUAGGUUUUCCAGCUUUUUUGGAUAAAAGAUUUUGAAUAAAUGAAAACAAAAACGCACAGAAACACCACCAUGAAACCUGAUAUUUUGUACACUAAUUUUAGAACAAAUAAAAAUAAAAUUUCAAAAUGAAAACAUAUUAAAAAUAAGAAUGAAUAAUGCAAAAUAUUUUAGUUAUCUUACUUUUAUAUGGUAAAUACAAAACUAUAGUUUGUCUUUCAUAAAUAUAUUAUAAAUUAUAUUUUUCUAUUUCC